AUGUUCUUUUCCGUCUCGCACCACCUUUUGUCGACGACGACUGACUCGUUUUCGUUCCGUCCUUCGAAACCGCGCGUUCGUUUUGAUGGUCGUCUUCACGCUGCCGCCGCUCGAGACAAAAAGACGGUCACACCGUUGAGAUAUGGUUUUCCCGGGGAAAAUCAACAUCACCAACAACGCCGGAAGGAAAGAACGACAGCACGAGCAGCGGGAGGAGGGAGCGCGCAAACGAAAAAAGAGAAGAAAGAUCCCGCUCGUGCUUUGCGAACGUUAUUAAACGGUCCCGCAAUCGUCCAAGCGCCGUGCGCGCACGACGCUUUAUCCGCACGUUUAAUCGAACGCGCUGGGUUCUCGGCAGCUUUCAUGUCAGGCUUUUGCGUCUCGGCGUCGCACUUGGCGUUACCGGAUGUCGGUUUGAUUUCUUACGCGGAGAUGCAAGACGUGGGUGGACGGAUAUGCGACGCGGUCAGUCCGAAUUUUCCAAUCAUUGGAGAUGCGGACGAUGGGUACGGGAACGCCAUGAGCGCGAAACGAACGGUGGAAGGGUACAUCAAAGCCGGGUUCGCGGGGAUUUUAAUCGAAGACCAGAUGGCGCCGAAACGGUGCGGACACACCGGUCCGAGACCUGUGUGCGAUCGAGAGACGAGCGUGGCGAGAGUUAGAGCCGCGUGCGACGCGAGAGAUGAAAGUUUAGAAGAUAUCGUGGUGUUCGCGAGAAGCGACGCGAGAAGUUCCAUGGGUUUAGACGAGGCUUUGGAACGAGUCAAAGCGUACGUGGACGCCGGCGCGGACGCGGUGUUCAUCGACGCGUUACAAUCGAAAGAGGAAAUGCAACGCUUUUGCGACGCGUGUCCAGACACGCCGAAAAUGGCCAACAUGUUAGAAGGCGGCGGCAUGACGCCGAUUUGUCAACCGAGAGAGUUACACGCCAUGGGGUUUAAAAUCGUCGCCUACCCGUUGUCGAUGUUAGCGGUGAGCGUAAAAGCGAUGGAAACCGCGUUGCAAGGAAUAAUGUUCGAAGGGUACCCGGACGAAGAACUUCUGCCGACGUUCGAGGAGUUGAAAGACGCGGUUGGAAUGAACGAAUAUUUAGAGGAGUCCAGGAGGUACAAAUUAGGAAGCAGCUCGAGGACGCCGGCGUAA